AUGUACAAGCACCCCAAGUGGGGAUUCCGCUAUUGGCUUGACCCCAGGGGAGAAGAAGGACCAAACACACUGUAUGGGAAGCAAGUAUACUGCUGGUGGCACUUCAUUGCCUCCCAUCCAGGCGCUUUCAGGGAUCUGGCACAAUGGCAUUGCCAUGGGUUUGCUACCCCACCCCCUACAGUCUCCACACCUCCAUCUGCAAGGGAGCUAACUCAGGCAAUGCAGAACCUCAUUCUGCUCUACCCAGCAGACCCACUGGCCUACACAAGCAGGCCAGCAAUGCCAGUGACCCCUCCAGCAUGCCCAGACACUCCCAGGCCAACAGAGGCACAUGCACCAGCACCCUUGCUGGACCCCAGGAUACUCAUCUCCAGUGAGAGAAACACAAUGGGAGCCUCAGAGCUACCUAGGAUGGGGCAAUGA